GUUUCAGACUUACAGACAUCUCGGAUCAAUUGACUAUGUCUGUGUCGGCGAAACAGAAAAAUUAAACAAAGCCUGUUCCCGUCAUCCUCAGUUCGAUCUCUCGUCUUGGCCCAUUCAGAUGAUUCGAAGUGUGGUGAAGCCCAUCCUGUUCUACGACAACCGUAGUCCACCGGUUCGGAGCUGCUUGAUGCUAAUCAAGUGUCUGGGAGUCGAUGUGGAGCUCAAGGCGGUCGAUUUGUUUAAACAGGAGCACCUCAGCGCGGAAUUCAGGAAGGUAAACCCAUUGCAUACGGUGCCCACCUUGAAAGACGACGGCCUGACGCUCACCGAUAGCCAUGCCAUCCUCAUCCAUCUUGCCCAGAAGUAUGGCGACAGCGGUUGCGGCCGUGGUUUGAAUGUUUACCCAAAAGAUGAUGUGGCGAGAAUAAAAGUUAUCAAUCGACUGUUCUUUGAAUGCGGGAUCCUAUUCCGACGUGACAGUGAUAUGAUGACCGAAAUAUUCCGUUCAGGACAAAAGGACGUGAGCCACCAUAGAAGAAAGAUAGAGGAGGCAUACGAUUCAAUGGAACUCUACUUGGCAGAAAGCGAAUUCAUGGCCACAGAUAAUAUGACCAUAGCUGACUUCUCGAUAAUUACUACUCUCUCCACUGUGGACCUAAUCUUUCCCGUAACCGCCGCCAAAUGGCCUCGACUACGCUCUUGGAUUCAAAAGAUGCAGGCGCUCCCAUACUAUCAAGAUGCUAAUCAAGUCGGCUUGGAUCGCCUCCGGAAAGCAUUGAGAGAUUAUGCAAAGUUUGACUCUUUAGUUUGAUCUCGUGAUCUAGCAAAUGCCGAAGUUCAAUACUGGAGGAGACAGCACACGCCAACGCGACACCGCUUACAUAUAUAUUUACCUAGAUUGACGCUAAGCACUCUUUUCCAGGCGAUUUCAAUACUUCAUAGACAUCUUAAUUCAGUCAAGAGGGUUCAUUGCCAAUGUUAUGCACGUAGCUUGUUGCAAAUUCAAAGAUUGUUCAAUAAAUGGGUAACCAGAC